AUGGAUGCCCCGGACUCGGAAUUCGAUGUCAAGCUGCAGAAGAUAUCCGGUGACCUGAUCGCCGACCUUGACCGGGCUCUAACCACCUCCCUCCGCAAACCAGAUGGCCGUGGCGGAACUCGGGUGCGGUCCUUUGUCAGGGCAAGAGAGACGUUCAAGUCAACUACCACGAUUCUCGACAUGUAUCAGGAGCUUCCACAACUCCUCGAUCCUCAUUUACCGAAAUGGAUCCCCCUCUUGGCAAAGUCGUAUCUGGAACAUCUUCAAACACGCCGCGGAGUCGAGAAUGCUCCCAAGCAGCCUCAUCUUCUUGUCCCCGUUGACUACGCAAUCUGUAGGAUAUUGUAUGGUUUCUGCAAAGUCCGCGGAGAAAAGGUCAUCAUUCGCUUUUUGAAUGUGGAAACUAGGUAUCUGGAGGUUCUUCUUUCCGCCAUCGAAGAAGCAGAGGAUAAGCCAUCCGCUACUGGGGGAUCACACGCCCAUGGAUGGGAGUGGGAGCAACGCUAUGUUGUGCUUCUUUGGCUCUCGCACCUCCUGUUGGCGCCGUUUGAUUUGUCCACCAUUUCGACGCUGGAUAUUGAGGAGUCUGCCGCCACGCCUUUCCCGGGCUUUGAGUGGCCCGAGAAUUUGCCUGGGAUUACAAUUAGAGUGAUUUCUCUUGCAAUCAAGUAUCUCUCGUGUCCAGGCAAGGAAAAGGACGCGGCAAACGCAUUGUUAGUAAGGGUGGCUAUGCGUCGAGACAUGCAACAGCUUGGUGUGUUGGAUGCUCUGGUCCGCUGGGCGCUGGCUUCGCUUCGACCACGAAAAGACAGUCCCCCCGAAUCAGCGUAUUUCUAUCUGGGCAUAUUGUCAUUCUUGGCGGGAGUGUUACGAGCAUCAUUACAGACUUCGGACAUGGACACGUAUCUGCCUGCCAUUUUUCAGGGUGUUUAUGAUGUCACCCUCGCGAACACUGAGGUGUCGAAAUCGAUCAUCAAACUAGCAGUGGUUAGAAAAAUGAUCCUCAAAGUCAUUCGAUCAGUCAUUGUGUCUUUGCUGCGGCAGAACCGGCAGACCAUGGUCAACGCUGAGAUGACCGAGGCAGCCAUUGGCUACCUGUUGGACAGUGUUUCUGACAAAGAUACCCCGGUGCGGUUGUCAGCCAGCAAAGCAUUGAGCCUCAUUACCCUUAAAUUAGAUCCCCGGAUGGCUUCGCAGGUAAUUGAAGCCGUGCUUGAUGCGCUCAACAGGAAUAUUCUCUGGACAAAACCAGCUGGCGAUUAUCCAGGAGGACCUACCAGGAAUUUGUCGGCUGUCAAUCCGUUGGAAUGGCAUGGCUUGAUGCUCACGCUCUCUCACUUGCUUUAUCGCCGAUCUCCUCCGGCGACGCAACUCUCAGACAUUAUUCAUGCUCUACUUCUAGGCUUGUCGUUUGAACAGCGAAGCACAUCCGGCGGUAGUGUGGGCGCCAAUGUUCGUGAUGCCGCCUGCUUCGGCAUAUGGGCGCUCGCUCGUCGAUACGCCACGGAGGAGCUGUUGAAUGUUCCCACCACAUCUGUCUUUGCGGCAAAGGCCCAUGCAAAUUCCAGCUCUAUCUUGCAAGUUUUGGGUACGGAGCUGGUUGUAACUGCCUCGCUAGAUUCUGCGGGAAAUAUCAGACGUGGUGCUUCUGCGGCUUUGCAAGAGCUCAUCGGACGCCAUCCAGACACAGUUGAGAGGGGAAUCGAAGUUGUGCAGACCGUCGACUAUCACGCUGUAGCGAGAAGAUCACGGGCUGUUGGGGAGGUGGCCACAAAGGUGACGAAGUUGUCCCGUCAGUAUGGUGAAGCGCUUGUCGAAGCCAUUCUAGGAUGGCGAGGCAUUGGGGAUGUUGAUGCUCAAUCCCGACGGGUUGCCGCGGCGGCCUUCGGCGACUUGACCUCAGAGCUCGCCCAACUGGACGCCACGCCGUCACCAUCUCGGUUCCUCCAAACGAUAAAGCUGGUCACGGCGCAUAUUCAAGCCUUGGUCAAGCGUCAAGUUGAAGAGCGGCACGGCCUGUUGCUGUGCUAUGCUUCUGUUCUGGACAAAAUUUCGCAAACUCUCCCGUUCAAUCCGAGGCAAGGAGAGCCUCAGGCUGAUCCAGCACUAGUUCAAACCGUUCUCAGUUCUGUGCAUGACAUCCUGGAAGAUUGCCGAACCACCGAGUAUAGAAGGCCGGAGUUGAUUGCUGAAGGAGCCAGCUGCCUAGUCGUGUCUGCUCUCCCUGUUAUCGAAGCAGCUGUUCUUGGGAAACAGUCAGAUGCGGCACUUGUAUCGGGUCACGGCCUUUUAUCUUCGUCCCGUUCAUCGGACUACAUAACUUCAACAUCAACAUUGUUGAGAAAUACCCCACGUCACAAGCAGGUCGAAAUACUACUCCACACUCUGAUGUCUGUUACCCCGACAUGGCUAGCCAGACAUGAGCCAGAGACCGUUGAACCAGCCUCUGAGGCCGCACUGGUCCUUCUGCUCUUCGCAGCAACCAAAGACCAGGAGAGGAUAGUCCGAGAAUGGGCAACAACUGUCGCAACUAAGCCUACAGCUAGAACCGCUACCACCGGCCAAGGCUACUUCCACGCAUUGGCCAUGGCCCAACCCCUCGCCAAACAGCUCAAUCCUUCAUACCCGGACAUGGCCUGUCAAGCAUUUCUAGACCGUUGGGCAAAGGACGACGACAUUGACGUGAGAGUGACUCUGCUGCAAAGUCUAAUCCGCAGCCAUCUGUUGCAAGCAGAGGCAAGCGUGUUUCUAACGUUGCUCGUUGAGGGACUAAACGACUACACAAAAAGUGCUCGCGGCGACGUGGGCUCACACACUAGGGUACAAGCUCUGAGGGCCGUCGGGAAGCUAUGGCGCCGCGAAAGCGACGCGGACACCAGGUUGGACGUCAUGAAGAACUCUUUCGGGGAGUUGUUCCCGUGUAUCUUGCGUCUGGCAGCCGAGAAACUUGACCGUGUUCGUCAGGAGGCACAAGUCGUAGUGACCCUGGUAAUGAAGGAGAGCGAUCCCGGGUCCUUUUGCUCUCUCACGUUCUCCUCAAAGACCUAUUUCGAGACUCUCCUGAAGCUCGUUCUGUCGGACUCCCUGUCGCCAGCCCUCGAACCUUCCGAAAUAGACAGGUCAGGAUGGAUGUCGGAACUCAUGUCCGGGCUGGUCACGUCCGCCGACACUGGGAGCGACGACGUGGUCAUUGCAAGCCGUGCAGCUAUCACAGAUUUCUGUGAAACAUCUCAAUGGCAUCUCGACAUGGUCUGCAACGCUCUGGCGCUAAAGCUGCAUGCUCACUACGCAGAUGAUCGCACUGCUGUGCCUACGCUGGAAAUCAUCGCAUUCCUGUUUCGCGUCGGUUUGUUCCAACGCAGCAAGGGGAUCAACCUGCGCCAUUUGUGCCUCCAUACGCAGAAGGCAGGCUAUAAGACGGGGAGCAUCCGCAAGCUCAUAGCUUGCGUUAAAGUCUACGGCGGGGUGGCGAGCGUGUGUACAGGGGACGGUGAUGACGAACGAGAGGUGACACAGGCUGGGGUGAGUGAAGCCAGGAAGAGAUUAGGGUCUUUGAUGGCUCACCCCUGGCCGCGGGUCAGGAGUGUCGUUGUAGAUGAGAUUUGGGGGUUGUCUGGCUUUGCUGAAGAUGGUGGCGCCAGGUUGACAGGUGUUGAUUGGUCUGCGGCUGGAAAGGAGCACAUCAAGGCCACGGCGAAGGCGUUGGGGAUGGAAUGA